AGAGGCUUCUUCAAGACGAAAGGGAGCAAUGGAGUAGGGUUUUCCAUCGGCUUCGCCCGCUUCGAAUCUCGAGGAGUUCCUUCGUUUCGAAGUUCUAUUGAUUGUUCUUCUUUGAGGUUAGGGCUUUUGAUCGUCUCUGCUGAUGUUUCGGUGAAGAUGUCAUUGUAUGUUGGGCAUGUCCCGCCUCAUGUUCGGCGAGAUGAUAUUGAACGGGUUUUCCAGAGGUUUGGACGGUGUAAAGUGCAGUUAAAAUCUGGAUAUGGGUUUGUAGUCUAUGAUGCCAUAGCAAAUGCUGAGAAGGCUCUUCGAAUGAUGAGAGGUAAGAUUAUAUGUGGAGAACAGCUAUCUCUCGGUUGGUCAAACAGACAACCUAAGCCUCUUAAGAGGGCUGAUAGAAGCAUCAGAACUUUUGAACCCUACAGCAGAAGGCAAUUCAAGGAAAUUCAUGAUAGGGCUGGGCCUGGGCAUGCUCAAGGCCAAAGGGAUUUUGAAACUGGUUCUUCUCAUGCCCGAGCUUUUGACCAUAGUGGGAAUAGAUCUGAUUAUGCAUCUGAGAGAGAAGCAGGAAACAUUGGUAAUAAUAUUGAUGAUAUUGAAGACGGAAAGGGUUUCAGUUCAAAGGAGGGGCUAGCAAAUGAAAUUAACCCAGUGGAAAAUGAUCGAUGGGGAGAGCCAGUUAUUGGCCCAUUGACUGGACAUGACGGGGAGAAUCAUAAUGAUUUUGAUCGUUAUGAACCUUAUCAUGGCUUAGACAGAAGUUAUGAGGACAAAACUCAGAUAGAUAGCUUUUUCAGUAGUCCUGAACAUGCUAUUCCUCAUGAAAAAGUGCAAAGAGAGCGUUCUAUUGAAAAAACUGAUAUGCGUCUCAUUAAACAAAAAACUCAGCAGGUUUGUUAUCGUUGUGGAGUUGUUGGUCAUAUUGCACGUGAAUGCCCGGAAGGAGAUGCCAGGCGAGAGAGGUUUGGCAAAUAUAAGCAUAAGAGGGAAGAGGUAAAUUUCAGGAGUGGCACCGAAGUAAAGAGGCCCAGAUACAAUUCAUUGGGAAAGCCAGUUGGAACCAAGGAUCCGUCAAUGUUGGAGAAGCAUGGUAGGGACAGAGAGAAAUCACAACUCCCAAUAACAAAAAAAUUGGUCAGUGAUGAUGAGAGAUCUUCAGAAAGCAAGGGAAAUUAUCGGAACAAGCACAGGGCAGAGUCUAGGAUAAAAAUAGAAAAAAAGGAUAAUCAUGGAACAACGAAGAAAGCACUGAAGAAAAGGAGGAAAAGAAGAUCUCAGACGUCAUCACUUUCUUCUGAUUCUUCAACAGAUAGCUCAAGGUCGGACUCACAAUCUGUAAGGUCCAUUUCUGAUGCAAGGCAAAGGUCAAGCUCAAGGUCCAGAUCACCUGCACCAGAGUCAGCAAAUUCUCUUUCAAGAUUGGCUUCCAAAUCAUCUGAUUCCAAAUCUAUGAGUUCCACCAAAUCACGACCAAGAUCUAGAGUGGGUAGAUCACCAAAUCUGUCUAUUUCACUGAAUCAGGAUUCACCUCUUUCCAUGAAGACUGAGCCUGUUGAUGUCCCUCCUGAAACUUCUCCAAAUAACAAAUUUGACUAUGUUGCAAACGCUGAAAAAUCUGAACUGAAAGGUUCAUUUUUGACAUCUAAAGAUGAAAAUGCAUUAGCUUUUACUGAUGUUGAUAGUAAAUCUUAUGGUCACCAUCCAACACCUGAUGGUGUUGCUGCAGAGAGUUUUGAACAGAAGGAAUGGAAUCCUUCCAUUGGAAUUCUGAAAGAUGCUGCAAGUCCUGGUAAGUUAUCUGAGAACAACCUACAAGGAUCCUCUACAAGGGAGCUGGAUAACUGUAUGACCAUCCCUUCGUCAAGAGUUACAGCACAGGAACUUUUUCUGGCUUUGAGACACUAUGGGCUAGCAACACCGGAUGAGGAUGAAUCAGGCAUAUCCACUGAGAAAUAUUUUGGUGCUGCUCGCUUGUGGCCUUGGGAGAUUAUUUACUUGCGGCGCGUGAAAAAGGGUGCAAUUUCAACAGAGAACUAUGCUAGGCGACUGGAACAAAAUCGACAAUUUGGUAUAGUGGACAAAUACAUCAGAAGCAGUAGUAGUUGGGGACAAUAUGAUCAAACAAAUGCUGAUCAGGUCUAAGAUGCUGAUACCAUAUGUUGAUAUGGCUGCUUACAGCAGCACAUUUCUAUGCUUAGGUGCUAAUAUUUCAACUUUGUGGUUCCCACCUUUGAUCAGGUACAUGGAGUGGUUUUAUUCAUAUGGUGGUUAUCUAGGUGUAAUUUUGAAACAAAAUUUGAGUAACUUCUAAAACCACACCUUGUGGAAAUUCGCUACUCUCACCUUUUCUGUAGCCUGAUCUAUCUAGAGAAGCCUGCCUGGAAACCUCUGAUUUUCUUGUUUUAAAAAUCAUUGGUUUGUCAUGAAUCUGUUGAAAGGUUUGACAUGGUAUCCCAAAGCUUUAUUUACAAAUCAUAGUUUACCUACUUUCUAAUCUUGCUGACUUAAUUGAUUUGCUGUAAUUUAUCUGAUUCCUAUUCCCUGAAUUUCAACUGUUUGAACUGUGGCUGUGUAGGCCAUCCGAGUAACUGCUCAUAAGUUACUCGGAUGAUGAACUUCAAGUAUAUCUUGCUGCAGUUUCUAGCUACCAAUGUGUUUCUUGUAAAUCAUAUUAUCAUUUACUUGAAGAUAGAUUUGAGCAAACUAUUAUCAACACUAAACUUCCUCUGAAGUGCCCAAUUUUGAACAAAGAUGCGACUGGCUGUUUACAUGGUUUUUCGUUCUCUAAUUUCUCCAGCCUAAUCUUUUUUAUUCAUCUUUUAACUUCAGUUGGAAGACUCGCGGUAGCUGGAAUAAAUUAACGGUAUGAGGUUCCUCCUGUUAAUGCAGUUUGUUUACUUCCUUAAAUUUUCUAAUAUGACUAAUGUAUAUGAUUGUGACGCGGGAGCUGGAAUGUUCCUCACUAUAAUGUUGUUUAGAAUUCUUUGAUCUUCUGAAUCAGUUGGUAGAUGUCAUUCAGAGAUCAGCAUGAUCAAAGAGAACCUCAGGCAUCAACAAGUGGUUUUAAAGAAGUUUAUAGAACAAUAGCACCGUAUACUAUUCAAAUUUUAUUUCCUUUUUUUCCUCAUAUUAAUUAGUUAUACAUGAAAAUUAAAUGAAAGCCAGAAUGACAGCCACCACUAUUGUAAGAGCAAGCGCAUGCUGUCAUUUGUCUGGAAUGUGCAUGCAAGCAUCAACUGGUCAUUAGAAUCAUGUUUUGAGACGUCACUUGAUAUCUUUGUUCCCAUCUUUGCAGCAUCACUGGACAAAGGUAAAAAAGCUAUCUUCAUAUGAUCUUUUGAGAGUAUCAGACUAAGUGAUAUAAUGAGGUGCAUUCAUUGGGGAUAAUGUGACCUUUUUUUAGUAAUGCGGGCAUUACUUUUUCUCUUUUUGCCUUUUAAAGUUUUUGUACUGUUAUUUUGAAACCUUCAAGUGCUUUCAGGCUCACUCAAAACCAUUUUUGGUUAGAAAGAAUCUAUGAAAUUUAAAGAGGUCCCCCAACUGCAUGCCAUUGGCAUGUGUAUUCUAUCUCUUCUUGUUUUUAUAUUGAAUGAUUAUUAAAACACCUAGAACUUUACUGGACUAUUGUUGUUUACAUCUUUUUAAUCUCAUGCAAUUUGUUGUUGAUCUCUAAAAUUAGGAAACAAUUACCAAUUUGUGAUGGUUUGAAUGUACUGGUAUUGUGUGUCUAGUUUUGCUUGAGUGAAGUUGCGUGUCCAUGAGAAACUCAAUACAUGCUCUUUGAUAAUUUUUGUUACUUGUUUUGUUUAUAACACUGUUCAUGGUUUUUGUUGACAAAGAACAGAAUUGGCAUCGAUGUGGAUCAUGACAAAGAUGUCCUUGAGACCUUUUGGGCGUGCUUUGAUAGUGAUGUUUGUACAUAUCAUAUAUGAGAUAAGUUGGCCUACUCCAGUUGGAUACAAUAGAUUAAAGAAUAAUAUCAUUGCUUGUUUCUUUUUUCUUUUUGUCUUUCUUCAUAUUUAAUGUGUUAAUUUGUUGUUAAUUUUCGUUUGGCUAACCAUCAACAGAUAUAAUGGCUUCGCAUUUAGUAGUGACAUGAAUGUUUGGAUUGCCUUGGAGGGAAGAGAGAAAGAAGAAGGGGUGGAAAUAAAUUGGUAUUAAUCAUCUGAUGGAAUCCUCUUCAUUAUUCUCAACUGUCUCAAUUACUCCUGCAUUCAUUUAAUUAGGAAGUCAAGGGGGACAGGGUUCUUGCACUUUGGGCACCUGGGAUCCUCCUCAGAUAGCAUUACAUACAUGAGGCACCGAGGACACCCGGCCAGCACCAUUGGCUGUGCCUCAGGGCUGUUGUUGCACGAUGACACACAGGAGCUGGGCGGAGAUGCUGACGAAGACCUGUUCGGUGAGUCGUCAUCAUCUCUUGCCACCCUCGACGUAUUCCCUCUCUGUGCAGGCAUGAUGGUCUGGGGUGUUGUGGGGGAUUGGUGGCUGAUUCCUCUAGUGCCAUUUUAUAGAGGGAAUGGGACUGGUGUCCUAGCUCAUGUCCUUCUCUUUAAUACCAAACAGGAACUUUAAUUACCUUUAUUA